GGGGGUGGACAGGUAAAGGUGAGCUUCUCCGUCGCGCCUACUACUCAGGGAAGCAUACCGACGUUUUGUUUCACUCCUUUGUUUCUCCAGUUUGAGCUGACUGCAUAUCCAAAAAAUGGUGAAGCAAGAGCCGGAGUUAGCCAACCGGCCUGACAACACCGCCUUCACUCAGCAGAGGCUUCCGGCAUGGCAGCCCAUUCUCUCCGCUGGCAUUGUCAUCCCACUGUUUGUCCUCAUUGGCCUGGCAUUCAUUGGCAUUGGCGUUGCCCUCUUUGUCACUUCACGGAGCAUCCAGGUGUUGGAGCUGGACUACACUGGGGUUGAACAGAACUCACCAUGCUUCAAGUGCUCUAACCCAGAUAACAAGAACUGUGUUUGCACGCUGGACUUCUCCAUUGACACUCUAUUUAAGGGGCCUGUUUUCUUUUAUUAUGGUUUGUCCAACUACUUCCAAAACUACAGACGAUACAGUGUGUCCAGAGAUGAUAACCAGCUGUCUGGAGACAUUGAUAACUUUAAGAGUCCUGAUGACACCUGUGCACCCUAUCAAUAUGACAGCAACGACAGACCAAUUGUUCCAUGUGGAUCAAUAGCAAACAGCAUGUUCAAUGACACCUUCAAGCUGUAUCAGAAAGUCAGUGGGACAAAGAAGCUGGUGCCCUUUGAUGGAAAAGGAAUUGCUUGGUGGACGGACUACAACAUCAAAUUCAGAAACCCCACUGUCAAACCUCUGAAGAACGCAUUCAACGGUACAGUGAAACCCUUAUCUUGGCCCAAGCCUGCGUACGAAUUGGACCCCUCAGACCCUGCUAACAACGGCUUCAUCAAUCAAGAUUUCCUGGUGUGGAUGAGGAUCGCCGCCCUGCCAGAUUUCAGAAAGCUGUAUCGACGAAUCACAGAGGGCGAUUAUGCAAAGGGUCUGCCGGUUGGGAACUACUCACUCGAAAUCGCCUACAACUAUCCUGUUCUGAGCUUUAAUGGGAGGAAGAAGGUGGUGUUCAGCAAUGUGUCCUGGAUGGGCGGCAAGAACGAGUUCUUGGGCAUCGCCUACCUUGUGAUUGGUUCACUCUGCAUCUUAAUGUCCAUAGUCAUGCUCAUCGUCUAUGCUAAAUUCAAGUUUCCUGAGGAAGAGUGAGGGCCUCGUCGUGGACUGAGGACGAUGGAGGAUUUUUUUUUUUUCAUUUUUCACAUUUUUCUCCUUUUUACCUUUUUACUCAAUGGGAUGAUGAAAGCACAAUACUGUGUUCACGCAAUGGGAAGAUAAAGCUACACGCCACCUGUGAACACAUUAUUCUGGACUUCACGGCGCUUCAUAAGGAGCAGAGGAAACCUGGUGUGAUUUUAUGAGUUGAGACUCGACACUUGAGUUUCCCCAUUGACUACAAAAUAGGAUGACUUCCAAUAUGAGUGCAUGUAUUUGCUCACAAGCCUUGUCAAAAAUUAGAAUGAUAAUGUAUCUGUUGUAAAUAUCUGUUCUUUCAUAUUGGUACUGUUAUAAUGACCCCACUGUGAAUCUGCAGGCCGCUAUCUGGUGGACAGAAGUAGAUAUACAGCUUUUGUGCACUCUUGUUCGUUGAGUCUGUACUUGUCAAGUUUAUUUAAAUGAACUAGGGAUAUGGCAGGGCAUUUCUCUCAGGCUUUAAAUACUUUGUUUUUUCAAAUUUGUGCUUUUUAUCAUAAGAAAAUGAGCUGCCUCCUCCUUUUAGGUAAGUAGUAAUAUUAAAGCCAUUGAACAUUUGAUAAGCCAUAUAAUACUGCACAAGAAUUUAUACUUGAUUUAGUGAGAUGUGUAGCUUAGCUUAGAUAUAAUGCUGUAAAACGUGGGGAUAUUAUUUCAGGGAUCUGGUGUACAGGCUAUACAAGCUCAUGUUUUAAGUCUUGCAGAGGUUUUACUUCAUGUUGAUAUUUAUUUAAUAAAACAUCAAAACCAUA